AAAGCGCAACUAUUGAAGAAGCCCAUGUUUUGUCAUAAGAGAAUAAAGAAGUUGAAGAACGUACGGUCGUAGGAGAUUAAUCGAACACCGGAGAAUAUGGCGAAGCCUUUGGGUACCACCGGCGAAUUUUUCCGGCGAAGAGAUGAAUGGAGGAAGCAUCCGAUGCUAUCAAACCAAAUGAGACACGCUCUUCCUGGUCUUGGCAUCGGCGUCGCCGCCUUCUGCGUCUACCUCGUCGGUGAGCAGAUCUACAGCAAAGCUUUGGUUCCUUCCAAAUCAUCUCACCAACACCAGAAACAGCCUGCUCCGUCUCACUGAAGAGCAUUGAUCUUCUUCGAUCAGAUGCCUGAAACAGUGGUACAUGAUGAACUCAAGGCAGGCUUCUUCUCGGUUACUAGCUUUCUUGGAUUGUCUUAAUAAUCUGCUUGAUUUGUUCACAAAGACUUUGGUUUCUCUGUUCAAUUUUAAAGCUUGUUCAGUUGUUUGUGCAAAGCGUCUCUUUGUAUCCCAGAAAAUUGUGUUUCCUCUACAAUGACAUUGAAGAUUCCCUAUUCAUAUUUGAUGGUUUUUCUA